AUGGUUUCUGAUACCUCGUCGAACAUCGAUCAAAAAAUUAGAUCUAGUCCCACUAUCAUCGUUUUUGAUACCGAAAAUUAUGAAUGCGAUUUGUUUCCCGAUCAGGAACAAAAUAGCUCUACCAAUAACGAAACCAUAUCUUGUUCUCCUCCGAGGAAGAAAAUAGGAAUCGAAUCAAGUUGCGAUAUAUCGAGAACGUUAGCUUUGACUGAUACAAGACUUCGAAAAUCAUGUCCAGUCUUGGAAAAUUUUAAUAGCCCGUCUGGCAUACCAAAAAGUUUCCACAUACAAGAGCUUCAUGACGAAACAUCGCAAACAAAAUGCCCAAACAAAGCCCACUUAACAGAUGACCCAUUGUUGCAAGCCGACGACGAACUCACCAAACAAAGCACUGUCACUCGCGAUUUUCGAUCUUCUUGCACUAUUUCCAAUUCUUGGAACAACCCCGACCCUUAUUAUAGUCAAAUCGGGAUUAGCGGGAAUUCAAAUAACUGCAACUUAGCACUUUUAACGGAUUUUAUGGGGCUUAAAGAUAAAAUUGUCUGUCCCUCUAUAAAAGAACUGGACCAAGGAAGACUUGAAACGCAAGAUAUGGUUUCUUCGCAAAUCAAAAAUCCAUUGCCCGAGUCUAACAACGUUACUAGGAAAGGUAGAAAAAGGUGCGCGAAGGGCACUAAACCCAACAAACCUAGCCAAAAAGACCGUCGUUUAUCUGCGAGUGUAAAAAUUUCCCGUGGUUUGAUCAAGAAAUACAAUCAUCAAAAUUAUUCUAUUAACGGCCAAAACAACCUGAGCCAAUCGCAUACUGGAGGUGAAAAAUUAUCUUCUCCGAUUAAUGAAAAUGUCGAUGAUGGAAAUUUAAUAUCUUCUGUUCUCUGUGAAAAACUUUACCCGCAUCUAACAUUGAACAAUGACGAUGAUUCAAAAAAGAAAACUAAAUGGGAUAAAAGAAAUCUUUCCAGAUUAUCAAUGGGUAAAAGAAAGCUUAGGCCCCUCAAGGGCAAGCGGAAUGUGUGUAACAAAGAUGCUAAAAUUGAGCAGGCGAUUUAUGAAAAGGUUAGCAGCCCAUGUAUUACAAAUGAUGGUCCAAAAAACGAAAAUAUUCGGGAAGUAUUGAAUAUCAUAUCGAAAAAUUCAAAAAAAUCACCUAAAACCAAUUUCGACGGCUCUAUCAACGCACUCGGAUCGAUCGUAACUUUGAAUAAUUCGUCGUCAAAUUCCGCAGAAGCUUUUAUAUCUCAAGCACUCCCUAAUAAUAAAGUCGAUUUGCAUCGCCGUAACUAUGACAAACGAAUUACUUCCACGUGGAAAUUGACCAAUAGCGAAAAGAUGAAAAAGUUGGACGUUAAUUUCGUCCGAAAUGGUGCCCAUUUAAACGGCCGAAAAGAUAAAAAUGCUCACCAACUCUAUCAGUUAAUGUCAUCCUCGAAUUCGUUAUCUUUAAGUUCCUUGGGCGAUAAUAAUAAGACGGAAGCAUCUCUUAUAAACAUUCCUUACGAUAAAGAAGUUAAGAAAUUUUAUGUGACCUCAACAUAUACGGUCGUAUCCGAGAAAUGGUAUCAAGGUACUAAAUUAGGGGAGAUCAUAGAAAAGAAGGUGCAAAAAACCCCGGAAUUAUUGAGCUCAAUUUUGAUUAAAAAUGAUCAAAAUCCAAAUUACAUUACUCCCAUGUUAAACAAAGAACCCAUAUACGUCAGUUCAUCAUCGGGUAAGAAUGGAGACCUAAGCUCGUCCUUUCAAACAAGCGAGGACUCAAACAAAGCCAAUCCUAAAGGAUAUGAGAAUGCCCUUUUUGACUCCAAUGCAAUGGAUAUCCUGUCUAUUGACAAAGCAAACAAUUAUAAUGUGCCGAUAUUUGAAAGUUUACCGCUUUUAUCCAACGGCAAUAAUUUUCACAAGUUAGUAUCCGACACUGGUUCUAAUGUCAUAGAAACGCCUCCUGGCGACUCCUUAAAUAAUAAAAUAGAAUCACAUAACGUUUUUAAAAUAGCGAGCGACAUUCCCGAUAAAACACCUAUCGUAUUGAUGGACAAACUGAAGGGUGUAACGAUGAACACGAUUGUAGAAAGGCGACUUGAGCCCAAUAAUUCAUCUUUGGUUAAUCAUCCUGACCCUUUACCCCUACCUGCCAAUUCCCCUACUGCCGCCUCAAAAUGUCUUAGAAGAGGUAGAAAACCCAAAAUUAAACCAAAUAAUAGUAAAAAAUUGGGCCCAUUUACUGGCCAAACAUCGCUUCAAUAUACCAAUAAAUCACCGCCUCUAAAUAUUUGUAUACCCCAAAUUUUAUCUCGCUACGGUAUUAAAUUGGUGUGGGCCAAGUGGAAAGAUGGGAAUUAUUACCCUGGUACCGUUAAUGAUAGGAACAAGCAAAAAAUUAGCGAUUCUGGAUUUUGUACGACUAUGAACCAAAGUAUCGAUAAUGGUAAUCCUUCUCGUUCCAUAAAUCCUACUGUUUUGAUUAAUUCGCUUAAUUCUCUCAGAUUAAAGGUCAGAUUUUGUGACGGUGAUUUUUGUCAAUGCCUGAUAAAAGAUAUAUUAAUAUUGGGAACGUGUAGGAACGAUAAGGAAUUGGAAGGGGUUAAUCCUGAUCAUAUUGAAGGUAACCAAGAUAAAGAAAAUGGAUACACGUGGUCAUCAUAUAAAUGUGCCAAACUUAAAGGCUCAACAGCCUCCAAAGACAAAAACCCAUUUUACUAUGGCACAUUUUUGAAACCUCAUAUGCUUGUUCUAGCCGAUCUAAGCAACCCCCAACCUCCUGGCCAUAAUAAUUCCAUGGUUUCUGAUAGUGCCGAAGAUCUCAAGAAGGAUUCCUCAACGAAAGCUAGGUACAAUUAUUACGAAGAAUGUGUCUUAAUUGAAAAUGUUUACGUUUGUUCCGAGGAAUCAAAUCAAUAUAAAAUGGACUCUCAUUUUUGCAACCUGGAAAAAUUUCCCAAUAUAGGUAGCAAAAAACGGAUCCCAACCUAUAGAGUUCCUUUAACCAAAAUAGUCAUAAAUGCUAAAAGAUUAUUGGAAGCAAGUAAAGUGGAAAUUGGCGAGGAAUUUCCAACACUUAGAUCUUUAAUCGAAUACGAUAUUAAAAAAUCAGAUAAAUCAUCCUCAGGUGGCGAUUCCGGUUUACCUUCUACCAUCAAACCUAAUAAAGAGAUUGAUUCCGAAACUAAAAACAGCGUGAUUAGUAGUAAUCAUAGAAACUAUGUGUCUAUCAAUCCUGACACCAGGAAUAAUAUUUACUUAACCCCUAGUAAAAAAAGACCUAUUUCGGAUGACAAUUCAUCUUUAACUACGCUGGAAAGUUGUUUUAAAAGUCAAAGCGAAAAAGUCUCUAACCCCAGUUGGAGAAGGGCUAAAAGGAGGAUCAAACCAAGUACGCCCACUAAAAAUCAGACUGACGAUUCCAAGUUAUUGGUUGAGUCGGCUGGCCCUUUAUUGCCUAAAGGUAGUCAAUUAUUUCAAAAUAUUGCAUUUCUUUUGACUCACAAACCUGUACCUAGCAAUUCAACCUUGCCAAAGAAGGAAUACAAGUUUAAUAGCCCUUUGAAAAGGACUCCUAGAGGCAGUAAAAGUGAAACUAAACUAGAUUAUCUAAAAUCUCCUUGUUCUGUAAACAUGCUGGAACUUUCCUCGUCUAAUACUGGGUCAAGCUCUGACGAUGGUCCAACUAUAGAAUUUAAUAAGCAGCACUUAACAAAUCAAAUAGUAUCGGGGGGUGGUCUGAUAUUUGAAUCGUAUUCUGAUAUCCACAUAACCCUUUCCCAAUCCCAACAAAGGGUUUUGUGCAUCGCGGACACUUAUCUCAGAACUGAAAAAUAUUUGAAAUGUUUAGCUUGCGAUAUACCCAUUCUUACUCAUAUCUAUAUCAUUCAUUGCUGCAAGAAAAAUCUUCUUUUGGAUUACGAGAAUUAUAUGUUACCUGCUGGUAGAAGUUUAUUGACAAAUACCUCGAUCCCACGCACUAAGAUUGAUAAAAAAUUUACUUCCCUAAAAAUCAUGUUAAUCAUGUCACCUGUUAUGGCUUCCUUGAAUCCACAGGAGAGUAUUUGUUAUGCAUUAGUCAAAUUUAUGGGUUUUCAAAUUAUUGUUGGUCAAAACCUUGAACUAUCAGUUUCACAAAAGCCUAACAUUAUCGUCGCAUUUAAACAAGACGUCCAAUUGACUAACAUUGCUAAAGAGUUAGGCAUAGCCAUUGUCAAUGUGGAAUGGGUAAUACAAUCUUUGAUACACGGGGAGUGCAUACCUUGGGAGAGCCAUGAAAAACUAUACUCAUUUUAA